UAUUCCGCAUAGGGGGCGCGCAUUCGAGCGCAGGUCAAAUCUGAGCUCUGAGCUAUUGUUUAUCUGACGCUGACAUUGACACUUAACGGACACAAAAAGACGGAAAUAAAACAAUAACAAAAUGUGGAAAUCUGUAGUGGGGCAUGAUGUUACUGUGGAGACUGAAUCACAGGGGGACGACUGGGAAACAGAUCCAAAUUUUGAGAAUGAUGUCUCAGAACAAGAGCAGAGAUGGGGUGCCAAAACCAUAGAAGGUUCAGGCCGAAAAGAACACAUCAGCAUUGCAGAUCUCAGGCAGAAUGUGUCUCGGGAACAUGAGGUGGUUAAGAAGAAGGAGUUGGACCAGGGUCCUAAAGCUUCUUACGGCUAUGGAGGGAAAUUUGGAGUUGAGAAAGACAGAAUGGACAAGGGUGCUUUAGGACACAGCUAUGUGGCAGAGGUGGAACAGCACUCAUCCCAGACAGAUGCAGCAAAAGGUUUUGGGGGUAAAUUUGGUGUACAGAAGGACAGAGUGGACAAGUCUGCCAUGAGCUAUGAAUACAAGGCUCAGGUACAGCAGCAUGCAUCUCAGAAAGAUUACGCUCAAGGUUUUGGUGGCAAGUAUGGUGUGCAGAAAGAGCGAGUUGACAAGGCUGCGAUGGGAUACGACUACAAAAGCGAGACUGAGAAACACCAGUCGCAGAAAGACUAUGCGAAAGGCUUUGGGGGGAAAUAUGGUGUGGAAAGCGAAAAGGUUGACAAGGCUGCAUUGGGUUACGACUACAAGGGGGAAACAGAGAAACAUCAGUCACAGAAAGACUACGCAAAAGGCUUUGGGGGGAAAUAUGGUGUGGAAAAAGAAAAGGUUGACAAGGCUGCAUUGGGUUAUGACUACAAGGGAGAAACGGAGAAACAUCAGUCACAGAAAGACUAUGCAAAAGGCUUUGGGGGUAAAUAUGGAGUGGAAAAAGAAAAGGUUGACAAGGCUGCAUUGGGUUACGACUAUAAGGGAGAAACGGAGAAACAUCAGUCACAGAAAGACUAUGCAAAGGGUUUUGGAGGACGUUAUGGAGUCCAGGAGGAUCGUAUGGAUAAGAGUGCAUCCUCAUUCAGUGAGAUGGAGUCACCAUCAUCAUAUGAAAAGCCUCAAGCAUUCGAGGGCUCAAGUGUAGGAGCUGGAAACCUUAAAGCUCGCUUUGAGAACAUGGCGAAGGCCUCGGAUGAGGACAACAAGAAGAAAGCAGAGGAGGAGAGAACCAGAAGACUCGCUAGAGAGAAAAGAGAACGAGAAGAGGCACGACGCAAACAGGAGGAGCAAAGCAAGCAUGUGGAGGAAGAGGACCAGAGUCCUCCCCCUGUGCCAGUAUCACAGAAACCCCAACAAGAGUUUAGGAAACUCCCGGCAAUUCCCAGAGAAGAGAUGGAGCCUGAAGUUCAGGAGGAGGAUCAGUCUGAAUAUGAGGAGCCGCCGUCUCUGCCGCCGCGACCAUCUGAUUUGCUGGAAGACGAAACCUACGCUGAAUGUGAACCUCCUCCUGAGGUUCCUCAGGAGGAAGAUUAUGAGGAUGUUGGCUCAUACUCUGCCCAAGCUGGGGAAAAUGAUUAUGAAGAUUUAAGUGGGGGAGGAACAACAGCCAAGGCCAUUUAUGACUACCAAGGAGAGGACAGUGAUGAGAUCUCCUUUAUGCCAGAUGACAUCAUCACUAACAUUGAGAUGGUGGAUGAGGGUUGGUGGAAAGGAAUGUGUCAUGGCCGCACAGGCCUGUUUCCUGCAAGCUUUGUGGAGCUUUUGUAGUUGCUAAAUAUCAGUGGUCAAAAUGAAUGUUUAUUAGCCAUUUACAGAUAGUUCUAUUGCAUUCAUCUGACAAACAAGUGCAAUAUACUAAAUUGUACAGAGAGAGAAUUCAUUUUUGGUUAUUUUAAUGAGCCUUCAUCUAUCAAGUUUUUGAAUCCAUCGAUGCGAAGUUCCACAAGUCCCAAAUCAAGUAAGCCUAAAUAAUUAUGUAUGUAUACUUUGCAAUAAUUAUGCAUGUUAUGUAUGUAUACUUUGUCCAAAAAAAAAAAAAAAAAAAAAACCCAAUAAUGAAUAUAAAUAAUGAUGAUUAUAAAGUUUGAAAGAACGACUGAAUAUCUGAAUUAGAAAUCCUUUGUAACAUUAUGGUUUCUUGACAUAGUUUUGAUUAUAUUUGGUCAGUUGCAUGCAUUCUUUUAUAGCUAAAUAAAAGUAUUAAUUUAUGUAAGAUAAUAGCACAAAAAUUACAGACUCCAGCCAUUUGAACGGUAGUGUGUGUAGUAAUGCAACAUUAAAUAACUACUCCCAACUGUUUUAGACGAUUUCAAGUUGUACGGUAUGAAAUGUUUUUAAGGUGUAAAUAUUCCAAAGUGAUAUUUUAAAUAAUAGUUUAUCAUAAAUUCUAGAUUGAGCAUCAUUACUAAAUUACAAAAUGUCAUAUUACCACAAUAAGUGUAUGUGAGGAGUACAAAGGAUUUACAAAUGUUUACCAUGCUGCCUUAAAGAAAUAGUUUUAUUUUAUACUCCAAGAUUUAUAUGGCUUAUGCUUCAUUAACUCAAUGUUAUGCAUUUGUGUUGAUCACAAAAUAAAAGACUAAAUAUGUUACGAGCUAUAA